AUGGCGGCUGCAAAGUUAUUUUUGUUGUCAUGUUUAGUGGCGGUUGUUGGAUACUUUACCUACAGGGAGCUGCAAGUUAGCACGCUCGGUCUUGUUAAGAAGAUUCAUAUACCAGCCAAGCGGUCUGAUGUGUUCCAGAAAUUGUUCGACGAUCCCGAAUUUUACGUUAAAAUCCAUCCAUUAUGGUACGUAUUUUCACAAUCGCGAGGUAUCUUUCGAGUACUUGUGCCCAGUGGUUUUCAAAAGCCACGGUUCAGGUGCGAGUUUGACACAAGAACAAAAUUUCAGUGACCCGAAUUUGAAAUGCGUGACCGCACACGUUAUACCUUGAAGAAUUUUUGCUAGGCAACCUGUUAAGUGUUAUGUUUCUUUUUAAUGUGAAAACUGUGGGCUUUAAUUAUUGCUUAAUUGAUUCCCUAAACGUCUUUACUCUACGUUGUAUUGCAGCACUGGUGUUAGCAACAUUGUCAGAUUCAAAGACAAUGAAGGACGAAGAGUUGUUCAGUUCGAUAUCCACGAGAAGGCAGUACUAUUUGGAUUCUAUGACACUGGCAACAUUACAUUUCAAGUUACGACUAAGGAGAAAGAGAAGAUCACUGCUACCCAAACUACAGCCUCUUUGAUGAAUGGAAUAUUUCAAAUCAAUCAAGAAUUCCACAUGUCGGAUUCUGAAGGUGGAACUCUGCUGGAAGACCAUGCAUCAUAUACAGCACCUCGUAUUCUUGCAAGAAUUGUUUUAAGCGAAGCACGUGCAGCACACUCUGCUAUACUUGAAAAUACUAAACAAGAAUUCAUGGAGCUUUCUCUCCAGCCUAGUGGUGAAUAG